AUGCAACCCCUUCGAACCCUCCAGAAGCUAUCUUCUCGCCUCCACUCCACCAUUGCCACGUCAUCUAUUGAUGCUAAAGAAGUAGCGAAAUUUGGAGACUUAUCAGGCGAAUGGGCAGAUGAGUUGGGCUCUUUUCACGCUCUACACUCUCUGAAUCGAAUUCGGGUGCCAUGGAUUGUGGAUAAUGUGAAAAAAGGAGAUACAACUUCUAAACGACUGGUCGAUGUUGGAAGCGGUGGUGGGCUAUUGUCGAUUCCGCUGGCCAGAAGUGGCUUUGAUGUCACUGGAAUCGAUGCCACGAAGCAGGCGGUCGACGCCGCGCGUCUCUCUCUCCAAUCAGCGCCACUUCAACGUUCCCGGAUCACCGAACGUCUUCGAUUCGAGCACAUGAGCGUCGAGAAUUUCUGUCAGAAGCCAGAAAAUAAAUCGGCAUUCGAUGGAGUCGUCGCUUCUGAAAUCGUCGAGCACGUCGCCGACCUGCCGGGAUUCAUUGGGUCGCUGGCCGAGCUAGCUCGUCCCGGAGCGCCGAUUUUCAUCACGACGAUAAAUAGGACAUGGGCUAGUAAAGUGGCGGCGAUUUGGUUGGCUGAGAACAUUCUAAAAAUCGUGCCUCCCGGAGUGCAUGACUGGGAGAAGUUCAUCACACCUGCCGAACUGACCGCCCAUCUCGAAGACGCCGGUUGUCGAGUGACGGCGAUCCAUGGGCUCAUGUUCCACCCCAUCGGAAAUCACUGGACGUGGAUCGAGUCGACACAGUGCAAUUACGCUCUGUUGGCUGUGAAGAAAUAG